AUGCCGCCCAGGGGACUCUACCGUAUUCCGCAACAUCAUUUGACUGGUCAAGGCGCCUCGAUGAAGCGCCAAUCUUUCAACAGCACGGACUUCAAAGAAGUGGAUAAGUCGGCGUCCAUUACAACCAAUGAUGGCACGGCAGACGAUGUCAUCAACGAAGAGAGGGCUAAGAGGAAGCAAGAGAAGCGCGAGAGGAAGGAAGCUAAGAGAUUGAAGAGGGAGGCCAAGGCAGCUAAAGCUACCGCAGAACCAGAAAAUGCCGAAGAGGCAGAGAAGGUAGAAGACAAGCAGAAAACCCCACCGGCCGACACAACUACUGAGACCCCUGCUGCAACCCCCGUCAAGAAUCGCAGGUGCGGUCCACGUGGUCCCUACAAGAAGAAGGAGAUUGGCCCGGAUGGCACACCUGUUUCUGCUGCGAAGAAGCGCAAGAGAGAGAAUGAGGUACCCGUUGAUAACCCAGUUGAUACUCACAAAGGUCUCGUCAAUGCUGAUAGUUGGCUCGGCCCUAACUUCAUGAAAAAUUUGAACGACGCUCUGAAUGGUCGCGGUUCCAUACUCGACCGGCAAAACAACAACACUGCCACGCCUACCGAGCCGCCUAAGAAGAAGCUAGGAAGACCCGUAGGUUCGGGCAAGAAGACUAUUGUCAAGUCUGGCGAGCCCGAACCCAAGCCCAAGGCUAAGAGGCAGAAGUUGGACAAAGCUCCUGUUGCUUCCAACUUGGAGACGGCAUCCAAGAUGAUCAAGACCUCUGUACCCGUCCCCUUUGUCCCAUCGGCCCUGCCUUCAGAGCCAAAGACCACACCCGUCCCACUUCCUCAGAAAUCGCCUCGUACAUUGAAAGACAACAUGAACAAGUCGCCGGCCGAGAAGACUAAGGCAGCUUCCCUUGAGUCUGAAGUCCUUGUCAACGAGACACCCCUUUCACAAAUGAGCCGUACUCCUGCGACUACUCCUCGUGUGCAAGCGAUUCCGUUCAGUUUGUCACCCGCAAUCACCACGGCCAAGAAGAUCAAGAAAGCACCUAGUACCCAGGAGUCGUCUCCUGAUAUCCCCCUCAUGGUUAGCACAAAGCUCGCAAAGGCCAACAAGCAUAUCAUUGGUAGCCAAGGUUCCGUCAACCCCCUCACCAGCAGCCAAGUCGACAGCCUCACCUCCGCGAACCUUGUGCGCUUCAAGCAGCCUCUGAACGACGCCCCCAAACCACGCCUCCGAAGCCGCCGCUCCGUCAGCGAAGCACCUAGUACCUCGUCUAGCAGCUCUUCCACCACAUCAAGGAGCAUCCGUGACAUGUUGUUGCGCCCCGGUAAACCAUACACACGCCCUGGUGACGAGCUCUCUCCCUUCAACAGGAAGAAGCACGUUGAGAAACACGACGAAGCCAACCUCGCCACCUUCUCCAGCACCUUCGCCGCUUCCCAACGCACCAUCAACUUCACCGAUGAGGCUGAGUACCUUGAGGAGUACAGCGAAUGGCUCUCCGACAGUGAAGCAGCAGGGCCACUCCUUUGCUUGAAACAAGCAUCAGGCUGCACCCCCAAGUCGGAGCAACUGCUCCAUCUCCAACGCUCCGACGACACGUCCGCACUCAAAGUCAUCGUCACAAACGAGUCCGAAGCCGAGACCACGGCAUCCGACACAGUGCGUGCCCAAGCCGCCUCCACCUUCCUCCGCUACAGCAUCCAAACCCGCAUACCCAUGCCGCUGGGCUCGAUUGAAGGAAUCUUCAAGCUCUACUGCCCCAAAUACACAUCUACCCACGUCGACAAGUACGGUUUCGGUCAACGCACCCUAAGUAUCUCCUCCAUUGCCGGUCUAAACCCCAUGUCAGGAGCCUAUACAGCUCGUUUCUGCAUCCCGCCCCGCUCCAUGCCGUACCCCAUCCAAGCGUUUGAAGCCCCACCCCACGCCUCGUUUCGCACCAUCAUGCUCAAGACGGUUGCUGAGGGGUAUAAGAUGGAUGUCAUGUUCUUGGGUAACGGGUACCUGAAGCUGAGAGUUGAUUUGUGUCUGGUUCUUACGGGUAAGAGCGCUGCGGAGACGAAGGCGGGUAAGGGAAAGGAGAGGAAGAUGAAGGCUGGAGAGGGGAUCUGGGAGUUUCUGGGUGUGAACGAGAAGGCGGUUGUUUGGGAGCCUGAGGUUGAUGAGUUGGAGAGGCAGGGGAGGAAGUUGGUUGCGAAGUAUGAUGGUCGUUGA